AUGACUCAUGCAAAUAUACUAGUUGAAGGUAUAGAAUUUGACAGGAAAAAUGGAAUAUUAUCUCUUCAGGAUCUGCUGAACUUCAUAGAUAACCAUGAUCAAAAGACAAUAAUUAAAAAUAAUGAAAAUGGCAAGAAUUACCAACCUCCCAGGAUUAAAAAACCCAAAAUUGAUUCGCCAAAAUCAAUCAAUUUUAUAAAAAUUACAUUAUCAUCACAACAAAACGACAGUAAUAAUACUGUCACUGAAACUCCAUCCAAUCAAAUAAUCAGAAUACCUAUAUUUAUUACAUCUUUUGAAUCUGAAGAUAUUUUAUCAAUACAAUUCAAUAAAAAUUGGGAUUCAACAAAGCUUUUCAACAUAAAUUUAAUUCAAAAUCAUAAAGAUACCCAAUUACACAAAAAUAUUAAAACAAUUAUCUUGAAUAAAGGUAGAGAAAAUCUUUUCCACAGUCUUUUAGAUUCGAGUAAAAUUGGACGUAACCAAAUAAAUCCAACUGACAGAAGACUUUUGUUAACUAAAUUAAGCAAAUUGAAAAGAUUAAAUAAAGACUGGAAUCUUAAUAAUUUAAAUCUAUUAAUUAAUAAAACUGAUUUGACUUGGUUUUUAGAAUUGGAUUUGGAUUUAAUCCUUAAAGAAAACUCGUAUAACAAAUUUUCAUACUUAACAUGUCAAAUAUUGGAUAUUGUAUCCUCACAAUAUUUAGAUUGCAAUCAAUCUCAUGAUCCUGAUCGCAUUUCCCUUCAAACAAAUAGUAAUUUUAUUCAAAAACAUUUUUUGAAACAAACUAUAAGGUUCACAAAUAAUACAUUAUCCAAAAUAAAGAUUGAUUUUUAUAAUAAUAAUGGUGGUGAUUCUAAUCAUACAACCGCAACUGUUCGUGUCCCAGGUUUAUGUGUGGACUUGUUACCAUUUCAAGAAGAAAGUGUUCAGUGGAUGUUGAAUAAAGAAACAAACUAUCAAUUUAAUAGUUCUCUUAAUACAGAAAGCAAAGACCCAAUUUCAUUAAAGGAAUUCUUAAAUGAAAAAAUAAGUUAUGGCUAUAUCAUACUGAACCUAAAUAAUAGAAACAAAUUGUAUUGGAAUAAAUUUACCAACUUUAUUCUUACGUACAAUCACGCAUUAUCAAUAUACAACGAUUAUAUUAAGGAUUCCUCUGAGCUUGAUGGUGCGAAGGGUUUAUUAUCAGAUGAAAUGGGAUUAGGCAAGACUAUUGAAAUUAUUGCAUUAAUAUUAUUAAACCAAAGAAAGUUGACUUCAUCAUCUUCUUUUUUAACGCAAGACAACAAAACUAUUUAUAGAUCAAACUCAACUCUGAUAAUUUGCCCUGAUCCGUUAUUAUAUCAGUGGAUCAAUGAAAUAGAAAUGCAUACAGAUAAUGGAAUAAUAAAGUGUUUCAAUUAUAAGGGCUACCAAGAUAUAACUCAAAGAUUCCAAACUACCAAUAUUGAGGAAAUUGUGAACAUUUUACUCAAAUAUGAUUUAAUUAUAACUACUUAUAAAGUUAUAAACCUUGAAAUCCAUUAUGCAAAGUAUAAUGCUAAUUUAAGAUCGAGACGUAGAAGAAAUAAUUCAAAUAGUAUAGCCAACAAUGGACCAAAAUAUGAUUAUUCAUCCCCAUUAUCACUAAUUCAAUUUUGGAGAAUUAUAUUGGACGAAGUUCAAAUGUUAAAAAGUGAUAAUACACAGAUUGCAAAAUGCACCAAUUUGCUCCAUAGAAUUCAUACUUGGGGGGUGUCAGGUACCCCCAUUCAAUAUAUUCGAGAUUUCCAAACGGUUUUAUCAUAUUUACAGAUUUAUCCUUUCGUCAGCGAGAGUUCUAUUAUUUUAGAUAUCCACAAUAACUUCAACACAACACUCACUAGGAAUGGAAUUAAAUUUGAUUUAAAUAACCUUAUGAAUCUUUUCAUAAAAUACAAUAUUUGUAUAAGACAUAGUAAAAAAGAUGUUAUCAAUCAGAUUCAUUUGCCAAAACAAACCAACUUUAUAUUACCAUUAGAUUUUAAUCCUAUUGAAUGGGAUAACUAUUUGAAUCUUUGGAAUGAUUUUAUUUCAGUAUCAGGCUAUGGUAUGCACGGCCAAAAUGAAACAAGGUUGUCAAAUAAUCAGCUAAACCAAUGGUUAGUUAAAUUAAGAUAUCUAUGUUGUCAUGCAAUUAUUCCUGAUAAUCUAUCAAAUAUACUUAAUUUGCACAACAAUAAAGGUAAUAUGCGUGGACGAAGAGGAAGAAAGCAUUCAUACGAUAAUCAAAAGACAUUAACUGAAAAAGAGGGGGAGUCUAAUUCAAUUAGGAAGAUCGAUGAUGUAUUGGUCUUAAUGAUUGAGGCUGCUACUGAUACAUUGGAUACACUUAAUAAAGAAAAUAUCCAAUUAAAGAUCAAAUCUGCACAGGCUGCUAUGGAGCUUCAAAACAAACCAGAUGCUGGUAUUAUCUUACUCAAACAAAUGGUUAACAAAAUUAAAAAAGAUAUAAAAGAAAAAUUUAUGGUUACUGAUGAUCGUUGCUUAAAGAUAACAUGCAAAACAAACACAGAAAAAUCAAAAAUUCGAUCAUAUUUUGAUUUAUUACAUCAGUGCUACUUUUUCUUAGGAACUGGUUACUACUUCUUAGGAUCAAAAAAACUGGAAUUUGUAGAGGAAGAAAAUGAAAAAAUAAAAAUUCUUUCAAAGGAUAGUAAAGAACCAUUAGAAUUCAAAAAAAUCACAGAUUUUUAUACUGAGGAUGAACUUUUGAUGAUUAAAAAGAUGCAAGUGCAAGAAACAGAAUAUUAUCAAAAAGCUGAACAAUUAAGAAUACAAAUACUAUCAGAAAGAGCAAACAAAGUUGAAGAAGUAAUUAGUAAUGUAAAGCAUUUGUUUGAUUCCAGUAAGAAUAAAGAAGCAAUAAAAGAUAGUGCAAAGGAACAGAAGAAACUGAUCACUGAAUUACAAGAAAUUUACUUUGAUAAAAAAAAUUAUUCAUCCAAUCCCUCAGUUUCUAACUGUUUUGACUCAUUAUCGUUUAUGAUUAAUAUAUUAAAUAAACAAAGUGUUCAAUUCAAUGCAUUGCUUAAGUCUCUAAUGGAAUAUUUAUAUAAUCCUGUUCUUAAAAAUUAUGAUGAAAAUAAUGAGGACAAGAAAGCAGAAGAAUAUAAUCAAUCAUUGGAAGAACAGGAUAUGAUUUUUGCAAUUUUGCACAGUUUAGAGGAAUUAUUAAAAAAUAGAGAAAUUAUAGUUACAUCAGAAGAAGAAAUAAUAAAAUUAAAUAAAAAACAAUUUGUAAAAAAUGAUCCUACAUUCUCUGAAUUUCAUUCUAAGUUGCUUAAAAAAUUGAUAAUAAUCGAUAAAGGUAAAUCCUUAAAAUCUAUAUUUAAUGAUUUGGAAAACGUGAAAAUUGUCAGAAAAUCUUCAGAUACCUUUGAAAAAGAAUAUGCAAGUGAUACAUAUGAGGAUUAUUUACUUCAGUAUGGCAAAGAAGUGUCUAGAAUGAUUAAAGAGAUUGAGGAUAUUAAGGAAUCAAUAAAGACUUUAAAUUUAAUUUAUAAUGCAAAAGUUGAGUAUUAUAGUCAAUUACAAAAAAUUUCCGACUCACUUAUUUCACUAAUACAAUUAGAACCAAUAUCUAGAAAUAAUAUAUUAAAAGCAAUAAGGGAUGAUAAUCGUUUUAAUGAUAACACGAUCACUAUCACAAAAGUACAAUCAAGGAUUAAAUAUUUAAAAAAUUUGUCCAAAAUUAAAGAAUUGAUUGAUCGUGGUGAAUCAUUUAAUUGUGCAAUCUGCCUUAGUAUGAUUCAUGACGGUUCUAUUAUUAAAUGUGGUCAUUUCUUUUGUUAUGAUUGUAUACACAAUUGGUUAAAAAAUAAAAAAUCAUGUCCAAUAUGCAAGAUCGAUACUAAUCAAUCAGAGUUAUAUAAUUUUAAAUUUAAAAAUAAAGAGAGUGUAGAAAGUACUGAUGAUACUCAGUUGGUUAAAAUAUUGUCAAUCCCUAACAAAAAUUUUGAGCCAGGAGAUCAAGAUCACGCAGGAGCUACAAAUAUUACUAGCAAAAAAAAUGAUGAUAUCUUAUUUUGUAACAAGUAUGAAAGGUUUAAACAAUUUAAGGAAGUUUGUAAAAUAAAAAUUAAAGAGCAUUUUGGUGCCAAGAUUGAUUUUAUGAUUCGAUUAAUCCUAUACCUUAAAUUAAAGUCUGAGCAUGAAGAUGGAAAAUCUUUACAAAUCUUGAUAUAUUCCCAAAAUUUUGAAUUUUUAAAGGUAAUAUCUAAAGUACUAAAAAUCAAUAAUAUUUCACAUUUAACAUGUUUAACUAAUGUUAAAACAAUAAGCAAUACAAUUGAUAAGUUCAAAAAAGAUCGUACCAUUACAUGUUUAUUAUUAAACGUAAAAUCUCUUGGUGCUGGUCUAAAUUUAUUAAAUGUUGAACAUAUUUUUUUAUUAGACCCAAUAAUAAGCCAUAAUGAGGAAUUACAAGCAAUGAGUAGGAAUUAUAGAAUAGGGCAAACGAAAAAAACAUAUGUUUGGAAUUUUAUGAUUAGAGGUACUGUUGAAGAAAAUAUUUUCCGAUAUAAAUGUAUUUUAGAAACUCAGAAGAAUUUAUCAUAUUUAAAACAAAGUCAUCACGAAUUUAAUAGAGAACUAAAUGCAGAACCAACUUUUAAAGUUCAUAAAAGGAACAAACAUGGCAAUAAUAAGAUUAGUAACAACAAUGAGGAUGAUGAAGAAUUAGAGUUCGGUGGAGAUGCUAAUGAUCUAGUAACCGAUAAACAUUUAUGGCAUUGUUUUUUUCAAACUUAA